AUGGCCGUUGCUGUGCUACCUCCUACGGUUCAUCCUCUGCAGCCACCUCAAGGCUCCGAUAUCGAUUUCGGAGCCCAAAUAGAGGGUGUCGACUUGGAGAAUUUGACGGAUGAGCAAUUCACAACCAUUCGAAACGCACUCUACAACUACCACGUAGUUGUACUCAAGAAUCAACAAAAGCUAUCCCCGAAAGCCCAAUAUGAGUUGACCAGGCGAUUUGAUCCUGCAUCUGAUAACUACGGCCACGGCAAGACUAUCGAUGCGAAGCGCAGUAUUCUUCACCCAGAUCUCAAGACAGUCCCCCACCAGCCGCAAGUCCAAGUGAUCGGAAAUGGAUUCGUACCCUCCUACGAAGGGCUAGAGAACAUCCAGUUGAAACACCCCCACCACCGAACUUUUCAUAAAGACCAUGUUCCCGACGACCAGGAUUACGAUUUUACCCGAUUUUAUCGAUGGCACAUUGAUGCCGCUUUAUAUGAUUUGUACCCACCACAGGUAACUACUUUGCUGGCUGUGGCCGUUCCCAAAGGCCGACGCCAAACAUUGUUGUACGAUGAUGGAACCGGAGAGACGAUGGAUGUACCGUUGGGUACGACUGCUUUUGUGAGUGGUCAGCGAAUGUAUGAAUUGCUCUCUGAAGAAGACAAAGAGUUUGUACGGACGAGCAAGAUGGAAUAUGCGCCUCACCCGUACAUCUGGAUGAGCCCUGCGCACUCCCGCUCGACCGGUCUUGGUUUACACUCCGAGGGUCUCGAGCUACCGAGCUCCGAACUGCCCCCUAUUGAUGAAAAGAAGAUUAUGGUGUUCCCGAUGGUGUGGAAGAACCCAGUAACUGGAAAACUUGCCUUGCAGAUCCAUCCUUCGGCAGUUCGCCGGAUUCACUGUGCUGAUGGCACGGUUAUUGACGACUUGGAACGUGUGCGUGAUAUUGUCUACAAACUGCAGAGACCAGCCAUUAGCCCCCAGUAUGUAUACCCCCAUGACUGGGAAGAGGGUGAUCUGGUUCUGUUCAACAACCGAGGAGUCAUACAUUCGGUCGUUGGCGCAUUCAAACCAGAUGAGGUACGGAUUUUCCGACAAUGCAAUUUGGCUGCCUCUGAACCUCCAGUGGGACCUUGA